UCCGUCUGCAGAUCGUUCUCCAGCCUCACCUCCGAUCCCCAUUUCAUCCGCCUCCACUCCGAAGUCUCGUCGAGAAACCCCAACCUGCUCAUCGAGCUCCUCGACCCCGCCGGACCCACGUCCAGUUCGAUCCUAGUCGACGCUUCCUUCGGCGUCUCCAGGUUCUCGCUGGGUUUUCUCGACGACCGCGUCAAAAUCAGGGCGUCGAGCAACGGGAUUCUGUGCUGCGCCAGCGUCAGGAGCAAAGGGGUCUACUACGUUUGCAAUCCGAUGACCAGAGAGUCCAGGUUGUUGCCGAGGACGAGGGAGAGGCCGUACACUCGGUUCCAACCCGAGUACGAGGCGACCGUGGUCGCGUUGGCCUCCGAUCCUUCGACCCACGGGUUCGUUGUUUUCCUCGCUGGGUACUAUCGCCCGUUCGGCCACCGCCCCCACGACGAUCUCGUGUGCUUGACGUUCGACUCGGCGACCAACUCGUGGAGCAGGUUUGUUUCUUACAUUUGCGAGGAUUUCACCUGGAUUAACCGGAAUCAGGCUGUGCUCUUCAAUGGCGCGUUGCAUUGGGUAACGAAGAGUUGCUCUUAUGUGCUUGCUCUUGAUUUGGGAGAUUGCGUUUGGAGGAAGAUAUCGAUGCCGGGGGAGAUUGUUGCUGGUGGGUUUAAGGGGAGGAUUUAUCUGUCGGAGCUGGGGGGUUUUGUGUCCGUGGUUCAGUUUUCGGGAGAUUGGAUGAGCACUUGGGUUUUGAAGGAGUAUUCGAGAGAGGAAUGGGCUCUUGAGGACAGAGUGCAUUUGAGGUGUAUUAGAGGGGUUUCUACGAGCGCUUUUCCGCUGAGUCAGUCGAAAGAUGUCGUGUUCUUGGCGACGCAGAAGAAGGUUUUGACGUACUGCCGGAAGAGUAAGGUUUGGAGGGAGAUAUAUGCUGUCGAAGAUAAUUAUACGUUCCCGUUGUGGUUUUCUACGUACUCUUUCAGGAGUACUCUCUUUCCUUGCCAUUGUUAAGGGAAUGAGAUAGGUGGCUAUCACCAACAGGGACAGAAGAGGUUAACACCAAAAUUACCAGCGCAAGCUCGAAUGGUAUCAAAGGAUUGUUUGAAGCAUUUUUUGUAAACAGCUGAAAGACGAAGGAAAUGAGUCUAGAACUGAGAGUUGCAAUAUUUACAGCUUGGUUUUUACGCGUCUGCUGAGAAAUUGAAUCUUAGUUUAUAUGCAUGCCUUCCAUUGUAUAUCCGUGUUGUUGUAAAUAAUGUUAAGAUGGUAUUCGGUUUCCUUCA